AGACCUACGACAGCAACACGGUUUGUGAUUAACCCAACAUGGAUCCCAGCAGAGUAUAAAAGCUCUGUUGGCUCCUUUGCUCUUUCUGCCUGGCACCUUCCAGCCCCCAUACAAUUUGGAAUCAUGAAGUGGGUAACAUUCAUUUCUUUUAUUGUCUUGGUAAGUUCUACUGCAUCAAAACACCUGCCCAGAAGGUCCCGGGAUGCAGGUCCAAGUGACACCAUUGGGCACAGUUACUCUGAAAUACCAGAUGAGGAUUUUCAAGGCAUCGCCCUUAUCGCAUUUGUGAACUAUGUGCCAAAUAUCACCUAUGAAGAUGCGGAGAAAAUGGUAAAUGACAUCACAGAGCUUGGAAAGAAAUGUUCAGCUGAUGGACACGCAGUCCCAGAAUGUGAAAAGUCUCUUAACAUUCUUAUCCCGGAAGAACUUUGUCAUGAACAAAGUGUUGCUGAACAUUAUGGAUAUUCUGAGUGUUGCAGUAAAGUUGAUCAUGAGAUACACGAAUGUUUGUUGUCCCAUCGAAAUGCAACUCCAGACUCCUUCCCCCCCUAUGAACGCCCAGAGCCUGAAGCGGCCUGCAAAGCAUUUCAGGAAAACAGACACAAAGUUCUAGGCGGAUUCCUCUUUGAGGUUGCCAGGAGGAACCGUGGUGCAAGUAUCCUCGUUCUUUUCCACACUGCGGCCAAGUAUGACGAGGUGCUGCAAGCCUGCUGCCAGGCAGAGGACAAGCCUGCCUGCUUCAAAGAAAAGGCACCACCUGUCAAAAAGCAAAUGAAGCAGUUUGUGAUGAUGGAGAAGCAGAACUGUUUCCUCCUGAAGAAGUUUGGACCAAAACCCGUGCACAAUUUGAAACUUGCUCUGGUAGCCCAGAAAUUCCCCAAAGCUGAGCAUUCUGUCCUGCACAACAUCACUCAAGAGAUUGUCCAUAUUCACGCAGAGCGGUGCAAAGGCGACAUCGUGGAGAGUCACUUGGAUAAGAUAGCCCUGGCCAAGUUCGCCUGUGGACACCAAGACAUUCUCUCUCCAAAAAUGAAAGGCUGCUGUGAGAAGAUGGUGCUGCAUCAGCCAUUCUGCCUUGUGAUGAUGGAGAAUGAUGACCUACCUGCAGAUCUGUCUCCAACCGUCCGGGAGUUUGUGGAUAACAAAGAGGAAGUGUGCCAGCACUACGUGGAGAAUCCUGGCGGCCACGUGGAACGGUUUCUGUACGAGUAUGCCCGGAGGCACCCAGAGUUGUCAGCUCAGUCUCUCCUAAGAAUCCAGAAGGGGUAUCACGAUUUGCUGGAGAAGUGCUGCCAGCCAGAGACCCCGGAGAACUGCCUCUUGGAAGGGGAACCUCUUCUCAGAAAACACGUUGCUGACACCAUGGACGUGAUAAGGACCAACUGUGAACUUUAUGCAAAAAUGGGAGACUAUGCGUUCCAAACUAUGCUUCUCGUCCACUACACCAAGAAAGCCCCGCAGCUGUCCUCUGAAGAACUGGUGCACUACACGAGCCAGCUGCUGGCCGUGGCUGCCAAGUGUUGCUCGCUUGGGGAGGACAAAAAGAUGACCUGUGCUGAGAGCCAUACGGUCACUGUGUUGGUAAAUAUCUGUAUGCGGCAUGGAGAACACCCCAUAAACAGCAAAAUCUGCCAGUGCUGCAGCAGCAGCUACGCUUUCUUGCGGGAGUGCUUCAGUGCCAUCGGCGUAGAUGACGGAUACUCUCCUGCCCCCUACAGCCCGGAAUUAUUCUCCUUCCAUGAAGAUCUAUGCACAGAUAACUCUGAUACGGAAACAACAAAGCGCAAGCUGCUUGUCAACUUGGUUAAAUGCAAGCCUAACAUCACAGCUGAACAACUGAAUACUACUCUCGCUGAUUUUAAUGGAGUAAAGGAUAAAUGUUGCCAAGCUGAAAAUCAUGAGCAGUGCUUUCAUGAAGAGGGUCCCAAACUGGUUGAACGGAGUCAAGCUGCUCUGAGCUGAAAAGUCCUGCAACAGUCGAAAGGUGCGAACCGAGUCCAGGAUACCCCACAUCAUGGCUUCCCUGUCAGGUGUCAACCUUGUGACUCAGAGGGCAUGAAAUGAUUCUUGCUGGAACCAUCUCUCAUGAUCUUUAAUAAAGCUUUGAAGCUAAA